AUGGGGCUAAAAUUGCAGACCAGAGUUGUAAAAAGAAAGUUUUGGGCCACAGGUAGAGAAAUGUUGAAAAUAUUUUGUGCAAAAAAGAAGUGUCAAAAGAGAAGAUUUUUACAUACACAGAAGAAAAGUGUAUGGAACAUUUGUGUAUAUAUAAGUCAUAACAAAAGUCGCAUCAUAUCGUCUUUGGUUGAUUGUUUUGUUGCUUUAACCUAUGACCCAAAAAAACUAAACUUUUUUCGGCUGAGUCACCAAAGAGAACGCAGAAAAGAAUUUUUUAACGAUAUGGCUUCCUACGAUUCUGCCAACGACCUUGAUCCAACAUACCUUCUGGAACUAGCUCGACUUUUACAUAGUGUUAUUUUUGAAAGCAACUCCGAAGUUAUCGACGGAAUCAUUCCAAGCAAAGCGAAAAACCCGCCUGCAUCAAAAGAUUUUAUUUCUAAUUUAAGUAGCGUGUCUAAAGAACUCGAAAAAUGCUCUAUUUGCUUAGGUCCUUUUUCAAGGAAACAACUUGUUAAAGAGCUUCCAAAGUGCAAUCAUUAUUUUCACGCUGAUUGCAUUUUACCAUGGUUAGGACAAACAAACACAUGUCCUAUGUGUAGACACGAAUAUCCAACAGAUGACAUGGAAUACGAAGAAAAACGACGUUUAAAAGAAAAAGAAAAGGAAAGAGAAGAAAUGUUGGAGGAGUUACACAACUCGAUGUUUUCUUGACACACAAUUCAUAGUUUAAUACCUGAUGAUAAUUACAAGUGCAUUUUAUCAUAAUUUUCAAAAAACCCUAAAGUAGAAAACAAGAGACAUUUUAUAUAAUUUUAUAAUAACGAAGAGAUAACUGACAGUAAUGUUGUGGUAGUAAAAAGAUUGAUUAUUUUCUAAAAUUGUGACCUCAUGCAAUGGUGACUUGAUAAUAUAUUUUUUUUAAUAUAAAAUAUAUUCUCCACAUAAAAACAA